UGCUUCCCAGGCUGGAAUAUUCUCCUACUUAUGCUGCUCCUGGGAGCAGUCCUGACCUUCUUCUCCAUGUCCCAUCAAGACAGGUUUCUUCUUCCUAUCCAAGAGGAGCAACCAGAUAAAGCCUGUGUCCAGGGGGAGGCUGGAAGGAAAGCAGCUCAAAUCAUUGGAAAUUAUUCCCAGGAUGAGCCCGUGUUCCUAAGGCUGAAGGACUACUUCUGGAGCAAGAAGCCUUCCAUGUACCAGCUGCCCUAUGGCACCAAAGGAAGUGAAAAUCUACUCCUGCCGGCCUUGGCCCUCAUCAACUCUGCCCUGCCCGAGAGUUUUCAGAGCCUGAAGUGCCACCGCUGCGUGGUCGUGGGCAAUGGGAACCGCCUGAUCGACAGCCACCUGGGUGAUGCCAUUGACCAAUAUGAUGUAGUGCUCAGGCUGAACAAUGCCCCUGUGUAUGGCUACAAGCGGGACGUGGGCAGCAAGACGACCAUGCGGCUAUUCUACCCAGAAUCCGCCUACUUCCACCCACGGGAGAACAAUGCAGAUACCCUGCUGGUGCUGGUGCCCUUCAAAGCUGCAGAUUUCCAGUGGGUCACGAUCACCCUGGCUGACAAGAAGCGGGUCCUAAGGGGUUUCUGGAAACAGCCCCCUAUCAUCUGGAAAUCUAACCCUGAGUAUGUGCGCAUCCUCAACCCUUUCUUCAUGAGGCUGACGGCCACCAGGUUGCUGGGACUACCUCAUAAACCUUCUCACAAGGUCAGGCAGGGAGGGAAGCCAACCACUGGCCUGAUGGCCAUCACACUGGCGCUGCAUCUCUGCGACCUGGUGCACAUUGCUGGCUUUGGCUACCCCGACCCCUCAAACAAGAACCAGUCAAUUCAUUACUACGAGAAGGUUAUGCCCAAGGCCAUGAAGUUAUCGGGACACAAUGUCUCCCAAGAGGCUCUGGCCAUCAAACAACUGCUGGACAUCAAAGCCAUCAAGAACCUCACCUACUUCUGA